CGGAGGGGCUCGGGGGGAGGAGCGGGCCGAGGAGAACGUGAGUUGAACGUCGCGCUCUGGCGUGGGAGCUCCAGUUCGAACGGGAGUUCUGAGCGACCCGGACGCGAGGAAAGGCCGGGCCGGCGGCAGAAUUAUGAUUCAGCUAAAGUUUUGUCAGAUGAGUAUUGCCCUGCUUGUAGGGCAAAGGGAAAGUUAAAAGCCUUAAAGACUUACCGAAUUAGUUUUCAAGAAUCUGUCUUUUUGUGUGAGGAUCUGCAGUGCAUCUAUCCUUUGGGCUCUAAAUCACUUAAUAACUUAAUUUCUCCUGGUUUGGAAAAUUGUCACACUCCAAAUAAGCCUCAAAAAAGAAAGAUCUUGGAAGCCAACUGUGAAGAGUCACCUCUUUUUUUAGUUUCCAAAAAGACUAAAAAUCAUCAAGACAUUGACAGUGGACAAGUUUUGAAUAACCAUAAUGGAGGAGAACAUGAUGGAACCUCACCAGGCUUACCUGGUUCACUGUACAGUGGACAACAGAAUCCAGUUAGGACAGCUGAUUCCUGGGAGCAGAAUGAGGCUUUGGAAGCUGAUGCUGUUGACGUGGCUCCUGAGGAAGAUGCUACCGUGGUUGAUGUUUCUGGAACUGAAGGGACUCACCCUCAAAAUGAAAGAUGUGCAUCUGAACUGGAAAAGCCACUGGAGAGCAAACAUACCUCGUUUUGCCAGACCUCAUGUGUCCAGUGGGAAAAUGCACAUGCUCUGUGUUGGUUAGACUGUAUCCUGUCAGCACUGGUGCACUUGGAAGGGCUGAAAAGCGCUGUGACUGACCUGUGCUCUAAAGAGGAGUCCAUGUUCGGGCGGUUGUUUACCAGGUAUAAUCAAGCCAAUAUGCUUCUGCACACCAGUCAGCUGGAUGGAGUUAAAGAUGGAGAUUGUAAAAAGCUUCCUUCAGAAAUAUUUGCAGAGAUAGAGACCUGUCUGAAUGAGGUCAGAGAUGAAAUUUUUAUUAGACUUCAACCUCAGCUUAGAUGUACAUUAGGUGAUAUGGAAAGCCCUGUGUUUGCAUUUCCCCUGCUCUUAAAAAUAGAACCCCACAUUGAACAGCUCUUCACAUACUCUUUUUCUUGGAAUUUUGAAUGUUCACACUGUGGGCACAAGUAUCAAAACAGAUAUAUGAAGAAUCUGGUCACCUUUACAAAUGUCAUCCCUGAGUGGCACCCACUCAAGGCUGCCCAUUUUGGUCCGUGUAACAAUUGCAACAAUAAGUCACAAAUAAGAAAAAUGGUAUUAGAAAAUGUUAUCAGAAGCCCCAUCUCUGUAAAAACUCACAGAUCAGUUCCACGUUCGGAGAAGGCAGUGGCACCCCACUCCAGUACUCUUGCCUGGGCGGAGGAGCCUGGUGGGCUGUAGUCCAUGGA